CCCCACCCCACCCCUAUUGUCUUUUCCUCAGUAGCUGGGAGCCAGAAUAACUCAACAGCCACAACAAACUCAGUUACAACCACAAGCAAGCCCACUGCUCCGGCCAUUACACCCCCGAUGUCCAGGGAUUCCACAGCUGUCCCCGUGACCAGCCAGGGAAAUGGCUCCACAGUGCCCACAGCAGCGGCAGCUCCGCAGAGUCUCCCGACGAGUGAGAAACCCAGUCAGGACAGCCCCACCACUGCCAGUGGCUCUCAGAGGGUCAACAACUCUACGCACCUGUCAUCCCCCGUGGCCUCAACCAGCCCUGUAACCACAAGCCACCAGCAUGAAGACAAAGAACCAACUGCCUCUGGAGACCAGAGUAACAGUACUGUGGCCACCAGGCCCAUGACCACGCAGGGAGGAGACCAGCUGUCCCCGCAGCCUACAUCCCCUGCUCCUCACACGCUCGGCACAGCCAGCCCCCACCCAUUGACUAGAGUCACUUCAGAGGCCCCACAGAGCCCUUCUGAGGGACAGCCAGGCUCCGUCAUGGUGGCCACCAGCUCCAGUCCAGUGUCCAGCCCUGACCUCACCCCCACAGCGCAAGAGAUGUUCACCUCACACACCCUGCCAGGCACCUCUCCAGAGCCUCCCCAGCAGCCCUCCAGCCAGAUGCCAUCCAGCCCAGAACCAGCUUUCUCCGUGGCUCUGCAGCCCACCAGCUCUUCAGCAAGCACUCAGGCCACAUCUGCUGUCUGGGAACCCACAGGCUCCAGCACUAAAUUGGCACCAACUGCUCCCCAAGGCUUCAGUACCCCCUCUCCCACAUGGACUGUUGGGAAUAACAAGGUAAAAUGUGAUCCUGCUCUAAAACCCAGCGAUGACCUGCUCAUUCUGAACUUCACGGCAGCCAGCUUCUGUGCAGCGAGUCCUCCGGAUGACAAACUUGUCUCUCUGCUGUGCCGGUCAGUCAAAGCCAACUUCAACCCGGCUCAAGAUGAAUGCACUAUAAUGCUGGCACGGGUUCAAGAAAGCCAGGCUGUGGCAGUGAAAGGAAUAACUAUUGAAACAAAACUGCUUCCCAAGGAUGUGUAUGAGCGGCUGAGGGACAAGUGGGAUGUCCUAAGGGAGGCGGGAGUCAGUGACAUGCAGCUGGGAAACGAGAGCCCAGAAGUUGACGAGGAUCACCUCAGCAUCCCCCUCAUCAUCACCAUCGUCUGCAUGGCGUGUUUCUUGCUGCUGGUGGCGGCUGUCUAUGGCUGCUGCCACCAGCGCCUUUCCCAGAGGAAGGACCAGCAACGACUCACAGAGGAGCUGCAGACAGUGGAGAAUGGUUACCAUGACAACCCAACCCUGGAAGUAAUGGAGACUACUUCCGAGAUGCAAGAGAAGAAGGUAGUCAAUCUUAACGGGGAACUGGGAGACAGCUGGAUCGUGCCCCUGGACAACCUGACCAAGGAUGACUUCGAUGAGGAAGAAGAUACACACCUCUAAGUGGGUCUGCUGAACACCUCCCUGCAGCAUCAGAGCUCCAGACUGACCACCCGAAGUGCCAUUUGGACAGAGGAGAAGUCCUCUCUAUUAGCGAAGGGAAAGACAGGGGAGAGAGCAUGGACUCCAAGGGUUACUGUGUCCCAAUCCCCCAGGGCCUUAAUUUUUCCCUUUUCAAGCUGAACACAUCAUAUUCUGUCUAGAUUUCUCUUGUAAAGCAAUCUUGUAGUGCCUGAGCUCAGAGCUGUUGGAGUUGAGUGGGCAGAUGGAGAAAGCCAUGUAAGGGACUUUAGAGGUCCUCUACUAGAAUCCUUUCACUUCACAGGUGAGAUGACAAAGGCUUGAAGAGACUUGCCAAGUACCUUACAUAGGGUCACUUGGUGGCAAAUAUUCCUCCCUCUGGUCCAGUGCUUGUUUGUAUCACAUCACAUUGCUGUGUUCACCGAGGUAGGAGAGAGGAUACUCUAAGGGGUGAGUGGGCUGGGAAGGACAGCCAGCCUGAAUCCUGUCUUGUAGGAUAUGAUUGUUCAAAGGAUGCUCCCUGAAUCUCUCAUGUCCAACCCCAGACUUGUCUUCCAGUGUUCCUCCUGCCUUCCUCUCCCCACACCUUCACUUUUCUCACUGUCUCAGAGGCCCUGCAAUUUGCACAGGCCCCUUUUGUUCUGGAUUUUGUUUGUGGUUCUGCUUUGCAUUUGCCUAAUGAGAUUGAGACUUAUCUCACAGCCUCUGUCAAAUAGGUCUGCUUAACGGAUGGGAAGAUAAAAAGGGGGUGCUUCUCAUCCCAGGUUAAACUCCUCAUGGCAGCUGAUUUGGGACUCUGCACUAACACUAGCCUGUACCAAGGCAAUCCUUGAAGACACUCUCCAAGAUCUCCUUUGAUCUUCCACUUCCAAUCCAACCAGGGACUAAACUCUGCAGCAGCUACUGAAAACAAGAUGCUUUUUAAAAUCCACUGCUUGCUGAUGGGGUGAAUCCAUGAGGUCUGGUGACAAAACAACAAGCCUAGGGAACACAUCCGUCCCAGGGCCCUGAUCAGCAGAUGCAUCUCAAUAGACAAUCGGCUGAAACAACUACAAGUUGGGCAUUAUUGUUUCACAGGGAAUCAGGGACUUUUCAAGCUGCUGAGUAUUGUGUAUUUGUUUGUUUAAUUCAGCUUUCCACUGCCAAAGCUUGAACACUGGAGACUAAUCUCACUAACUCGGCGUCUCCUGCCACAGAGAAAGCAAGGUUCAGAACACACAGUGCGUCUUACUGAGGUGCCUGUUUGCCACUCUGGGCCUAUAGCCAGGCUUUGCUGUUUCCUCUCUCUGUGUUCUUGGUGGGGCCACUGCAGUUCUCGUCAGUUCCUGGUGGCAUCUCAGGGAAACACAAAGCCAUUUAGUUCUAUCUCAACACAGGGUGUUGAUAAGCUCAGCAGUCAGCUGCCUGUGGAAGGUUCCUGAGGUCUGGGCACAGGCAAAUUUCAUGCUCUCCCUGUAUGGAGUUUGGAACUUUGGCCAGCAUGUAUUACCCAGGGGUGUAAAUUCCCUGGAACUUGCUCUGGACUUUGGGGCAGCUUACUUAAAAGAGUAGUCUUCCAAGAGCUGAGAGUUGCUAAGUAGGACGAACCAGUGUCUAAACACAUGUGCCCUCCUUCUCUAGAAGGUAGAGGCAGGCUAGGACAGAGAACAGUGCUAGUUUGGGGGUCAAUAGCGACAUGAUCCUCUGGAAAGGGAUCUAGCAGCUCACUUCCUUCCUGCCCAGCAUUAGGUUCUGUCCUACUGUGGGUUUCUGUUAUGGGCUGUGUGCAGAAGGCCAAUUCUGGAUCACAAUCACUAGCAAGGGCAUUGACAAAGACAGUGCAUAUUUCUUUGGUGAAAGGGUGCAACUGCUAUGCCUCAGAGAAAUGACUACGGGCACCCUAGGGAGCAGAAGUUGUAUCUGGUGAAGAGGAGUGACCAUGGCUUGGUGCACAGAGAACCUAAGGAGCUGGAGGCUGACCUAGAAGUUCUGUAUCUACAUCUAGAUUGUGUUGCCUUGGAGUGCAGCUUUAGAAUUAGCUACCUGGCCUUGGCUUGCUGUCCUGUGAGGACCUAAGUGUCACAGGUGUCAGUGGGUCAUACCUGCAGCAGCUCUAAUCUUUUCUUCAUCUUCAGUGGGUUUUCAGUGCUCUCUGAUAAUCGGGACCAAGAAGAGAUCCAAGACAUUAAAGUCAGCUGUACCAAAGAAAUUAAGCAUUGUUUCAGUGGCAAAUUGGUUUCUUCAAAGCCGCAAAAACCACAGCUUGAGGAGU